AUUUUGAUUUCAUCACUACACUCACACCAAGUCCACUGUAUAAUCGCACCCGAAUUGCAAUGGGCAAAAAGAUAAAAUGGAGCUGGAGUUCUGCGAUAAUCGGAGCAGCGUCCGCGGUUGCAGCCACCGCCAUAAUCUCCGCCAAACCGAAGGACCCAACGUUCCACCUCAUAUCCAUAAACUUGACAUCCUUCAAACUAAACCUACCUCUCCUCGACGCAGAGCUUCUCCUCACCGUCCACGUCACUAACCCCAACAUUGCUCCCAUCCAUUACUCCUCCACCUCCAUGUCCAUCUUCUACGAGGGUUCUCUCCUCGGCUCGGCUCAGGUUCAAGCCGGCUCUCAGCCGCCACGCUCCUGCCAGCUCCUCCGCCUUCCCGCCCGUCUCCACGCGCUCCAGCUCGCGCACCACGCCAAGCGCUUCCUCCAAGACGUCGCGCGCCGCGAGAUGGUGCUCGACGCUACCGUCGACAUCUCCGGCAUCGCCAAGGUCGUGUGGUGGGACCAUAACUUCAAGGUCCACGUCGACAGCCACGUCACCGUUGAUCCCGUCUUUCUCGACGUCAUUGAUCAGGAGAACACCUCCGAACUUGAAGUCUUCACCACCGCUGCAGCUUAGGCCAGUGAGAGUGUACACUCUGUGACUAGUUGUUGUAUUCUGCAAUUGAAUUAGAUUUUUCAGUUUAGGUUUUGUUUAUGCCUUCGAGAUUCAACCUGUUAUUCCGUUUCUCAUUUUCUGCAUAUGCAAUAUUGCGUAUGCUUCUGAAGCGAGCUUAGAAUCUAUUUUGAGACCAAUGAUUGUGGAAAGUUGUUGCUUAUAGUAGGCAUUGUUAUCAAGAAAUGUGAUGCUCAGUUAUGAUAGUACAGAAUCCUUAUCCUAUGAAAUUUUGUUGUCUUGAAUGAUUUCCUUGUGGCUUUGAUUAGUUUUUUGAAAUUCUAUGGAUUUGGGGCAUACAUAUUGACUUAGGUAGUAUCUACUAACAAAGGAUACUAUUGUUUUUCA